AUGGAUAGGACGCAAUUGGCAUCGAGGAUUGAAAGUACAGUAGGGUUCAGGCCGCGACCUGGACAAGUGGAGGCGGUAUACAAGCUCGUGGUGGAUCAGAAAGAUCUAAUCCUGAUUGCGCCUACUGGCUGGGGCAAGAGUGUCGUCUUUCAGGCAGUUCCAGCUCUAAGCGGUGGAAUUUGCAUCAUGAUUAUGCCCCUGACCCUCCUAGAAGAAGACCAGGCCAGAUCAAUAUCUAAGAUUCCAGGUUGCAAUCCAUGUAUUCUCAACGCAACCACGAACUCGCCAGCAUUGCUUGAAGACAUCAGGAAUGGUACUUAUACUCAUGUUCUUCUCGGUCCAGAGCUUGCGUUAUCUGAAGCCUUCAGGAGCAAGGUGCUUAGAGACCCAUUGUUCCAAGAAAAGCUGGCUCUCAUUGCCAUAGAUGAAGCUCAUGUUGUGUGGGAGUGGGGCCAGAAUUUCAGAACAUACUACAGGCAGCUGGUCGUACUGAGAAACCUCAUUCGCCAUUCUCUGCCGUGGCUGGCAUGUUCCGCUACGCUUGAUCCUCAAACUCUGCUUAUGGUGCAGCAGUACUGUGGUUUUGAUUCUGGCGUCUGCAUCCAACGUUGCUUUAUUGACCGCCCAGACAUAUUCAUAGCCGUGAGGCAGAUCAUGCACCCUGUUACUACGUUCCGAGACCUAGAGUUUCUUGUUGAGCCAGUAAAUCAUGCAAUACGGGAGGCGACGAAAAGCAGUUAUGAAAACCAGGCUCGAGUUGCAAUCGCGGCAGGACACCUAGACGCAGCAGAGCGGCUUAUAUCUCUCGGGCUAUGCAUGCGUCCAGAACAGCCAAAUCUUGAUAUGCGACUCUGGCAAACGCGGUCUUCCUUCGCGUAUUCGCUUGACCCUCAGAGGUGCAUAGAGUUAAGCUUCUCUGUGCCAUUUCGCCGCUCCCUUCCUAUACCGGUAUCGGUAUUCGCCUGGAGCUCUGGCGAAGGUGACGGCGUGUUGAAGGCUGACAGGUCGCUCAUAGAACGGAUGGACGAAAGCGGUGAUGUAGAUGCUUCCAUUGACGCUGUUGUUACGUUGCAUGACGCUGCACAUAGUGUGGUGAGCUCAUUAGGAAGUUGGGGGAUGGCUCACCAAAUCGUGUCAAAAAUCUCUCAGGCCCUCUGGGAGCCAUUACCCCUUUAG